GAAAAAUGGCUGAGUAGUUUUUCCAGAGUUACAUUUUUUUUCCUCAAAAAUAGUUGUUUUUGCUCUAUUUUGAGUGUACAGAGUCAAAUUUAUCAGUAGAGUGGGAGCAAAAUCACAGAGUAACUGCAGUGACUCCUCCCAUAACUGUUCUCUUCCCAAAGUUUCGUUUAUCCGCCAUCUUAUUAGUCACGGCCGUUGACCGCUGCUGCUUUGCUUUCUGCUGGAUGGUAAAGUAAAUAUAGUUUCAAAGUCUUGGUAACGUUAUUCAUAUAUUUUUCAUAAUAUUCACCCGUUAUUAGCUCAGGACAUUUCGUCAUUUUUUUUUUUUUUUUUUUGCAUAUUACAUCGCUUUCUCAUGUUAGCUUGAGCACUAAGUUGUGCCAUGUCAGAAAUAAAUUAGACUAAGUAAUCUUUAAUGCAAACAGCUAAGUUAAUAUAAAAAUAACUAACAUUAAUUGACAUCAGUAAGUACGCUAUAGCCUAUUAACGUUAAAUGUUUGUCCACAUAAGUAUUGUGACAAGUGAUCGAAAUGUGCGCCACAUGCCACCACAUGUACUUGACUCGGUAUAGAGUAAAAGUCAACGUUAGCCGUAAUUAACUUGCAUUGCUGGGAGGCUAUUUUGAUAUGCAUUAUUAUCCCGAUUCGGAGGGUUAUUGUGGGGAUGUAGGUAUUUUCAGCAUUUACAGAUUUUUUUAAUAUAUUUUGUCAUCUUUGACCGUAUGAAUCUAGAAUUUUGGGGUGUGACAAUUCAGAAUUCGCCGUUGACUCCUUUUUGUCCACUGCCGAACACAGUAUAAUAAUUUGUUUCUGCUCUAACGUUAACUGUUCUCUUCCCAAAGUUUCGUUUCGUUCCGCCAUUACAGUCAUUGCCAUUGACCACUGCUGCUUCGAUUUGAGAAGAUAACGUGUGUUUCUGCUGGAUUGUAAAAAAUCCUGGGAAGUAUUUACAAGCAGAAUAUUAAUCAGUUGAAAGGAGAAAGAGGGAAAUAAACGGGAUGCAGACCAACAAUGUUAUCAGAGUGAAGUUCAAAGACAGCAAGAGAUAUAUUUUUUCUUCAAAACCUUUUACAUUUCAAUCAUUUUUGGAAUGUGUUGCCAAUAAAUUUGAUCUUCCUACAAUGGAUGUGAAAGUCUUUGAUGACUCGAAGACAGAAGUUGAUGAGGAAGCAUUCGUAUAUCUGCUGACACGACCAGAUCUUGGUGUAUUAGAAAUUGUCAUCCCAUGCACAGCAAACAUUGAUGAUUCUUUAAGCUCAAGCUCAUUAGGAGAUGAAGGUACAUCAGAGUCUGAUGACACUGCAAUGUUGAUUACAAGCCCUCCUGAAAAAAAUCUAGCUGAGGAACAUCGUCUUGCCAAGAUGAUUGAAGAGAUUCUAAAGACCAGCCCUGGAGGUGAAAAGAUUAUAAACGAAUAUACCCGCACCAAAGGUCUGUCCGAUACCCGAAGACGUGACAUGGUGAAAAUUUUGGUAGCACAUUUAACAAAUGAACAUGGAACAAGCCCUUCCCGACGUUUGAAGGAAGAAUAUGCGAAAGGAAUCAUUUCCCUCUUCCCAUGCUUGGCUGACCCCAGGAGCAAGCUUGGAUAUGAGCAUUAUUACAAUGCAGAAGAUGGAAGUGGAUAUUUGGCGUGGAGAAUUAAAACUCUGCAGAAAGAAGCAUCAGAGGGACGGAUGAAGCGUCCACGGCAACCACAAACAGGUGGGCCAACUGCUGACAGACAAUCCUACAAAGAAGACUGCUAUUUGACUGACGACCGUCAUUGUCAGGAAGCAAUAGCCCUGAUGAAGCAUACAGCUGAUGAGGCAGUGGUAAAGGAAAAGAUGAAGUUAACGCUGGCCUAUCGCCAGAAGCUGCUGCAUGACCCUAAAAAGUCUGCUGAUAUUCUAUCAGUUUUCUCACGAUUCCUGGAUAUACCAGGCUUGAUUAAUCAAGAUUUUGGACUUUUGUUUGGUGAUGCGACCUCUGCAAAGUUGUUGGAGAAGUGGUCUACCAACAUAAAACCAAAGGUUAUUGCACAGAGCCGUGGCCUCACACAGACUAGUGAGCUCCAAGACCUCAUCCAAAAUGCUGAAGCCACUGAAGUUGAAGAAGGGUGGGACAGCGACAUGUCUUCCAUUCUGAUGCUGGUUCACCUUUUGCCACCCUCAAGUCAAGGCCGCAAGAGACCGGGAAAGAUCUCAGCCAAACAAGCAUGUGAUCAUCUUGUGAAAUUCAUCAAGACCGGUAACAGUAUCCAAGGGCACUUGGACAGUAUUGGAGAGAGACUCCAGCCGUAUCUACUCGCUGUUGGGCCGAACAAAAGUAGGAUCCAUUCUUGGUUUAUUGUGAUUGACCAACAUGCUCUACCCUGUAAGGCUUCUAAUUCAUUGGCCUGUGUUGAUGAGCUUUUCAAAGCUCACUUUGUCUUUGGGACUUCAUACUGUCAGGAAUUGACCAAUGUGUUUAGCUUUCUGCAAACCGCAGUCUAUGAUAUAGAUGUUGAAACCACCAAGGUAAAUCCCAGAGUAUCCGAGUUGAGAGCUAGAAUCCUCCAGUGAGCAGAUGAUUUGUUUCAUUUGUAAAAAGGGGCAUGCUAAUGCCAAUGCCCUUAUAAGGCACUUCAAGUUAGUUCAUGGCCUUUGUCCAGGAAAAAGUCUCAAGUUAAAAUGUGCUCAAAGAGGUUGUUCACAUGUUUACCAUAGUUUUUCUGGAUUACGAAAGCAUCUCAGCAAGUGUUGUGCAAUUGACCGUUCACGCAUUGAUUCUGGUGAAAGCUCAUCCACCGCCAACUCCAUUUCAUUAGAUGAUGUAGGUGUUUUAUCAAACCAAAAUCCGCCUUGUGAGUCUGCACUCUUAAAAACAAAUAUAGUAAACAGUUGUGCAACAGUGGUGGCUGAACUUAAAGUUGCUGGUGUCGCAGAGACAACUAUUAACUAUGUUGUUGGUGCUCUAGAAGAAGUGAUUGGAGAUAUUCAUAGUGAAACUCAAGAAUCAGUGAAAAACAGCCUAUCCUUAGAGGAGCCCAUAAAAAGUGUUGUCGAGUCUCAAAUAGAUCAGUUUUUUGAAAAAAUACAAAAUCCUUUUGCGACAUUAAACACUGAAAGCAAGAGAAUGCGGUACUUUUCAGACAAAUGGGGGAAAAUAGAUCCUGUUGAAUAUGUUCUUGGAACAAGAUUUGCAACGCGGCGUAACAGAACAACUGGAACUUUUGCCCAAACCAUUGUUAAGGAUAAAUUUGUAUAUAUACCAAUUCUUGAGACUUUACAGUCCAUUUAUAGACACCCUAGCAUUACAGAUAUGAUGGCGAGAGAUUCACAACAAAGACCAAAUUGUCUUUAUGACAUACACGAUGGAGAAUUCUUUAAGAGGCAUGCACUCUUCUCAAAACAAAGACAUGCAGUUCAGAUCCAGCUUUUUUUUGAUGAAUUUGAAUGCUCAAACCCCCUUGGAUCAAAACGAGGAAUACAUAAGUUAGGAGCUAUCUAUUUUACCCUUAGAAAUAUUUCCCCUAAAUACAAUUCGAGUUUACUAAAUAUACAUUUAGUCACUUUAUUUCAUGCACAAGAUAUCAAAACCUAUGGGUUUGAUAAAAUACUAGAGCCACUUGUCCAGGAUAUCUCAACACUGGAAACCAUUGGAAUUCAGAUUCCUUUAUUUGAUCAGACAGUUUAUGGAACCAUUGUCCAGGUUACUGGUGACAACCUUGGUGUCCAUUCCUUGUUUGGUUUUGUGGAAUCAUUUAGUGCCAGGUACUGUUGUCGCUUUUGCCUACUAGAGAAAGAGGACUUUCAGACAGUGUUCAGUGAAGAUAGUCCAAAGAUGACAGUGCGAACUAAAGAACUUCAUGCUGAACACUGCCAGACGAUGCAGAGCAAUCCCAGUCUGCCUUAUGUAAUGGGAGUAAAAAAGUCUUGCCUUUUAAAUUCGUUGCAAUAUUUCCACACAACUUCAAAUUUUUCAGUCGAUAUUAUGCACGACAUAUUAGAGGGGGUUGCUCAAUUUGAGAUGAAAUUACUAAUUCAGCACCUGAUAGAAAAUUACACCACAUCAGCAGAAGUAGACAGAAGAAUUCAGAGUUUCAACUAUGGCUUCAUGGAACAAAACAACAAACCUCCUGGUGUACAAUUAAGAGAGGGUUCCAAUGACUUGGGCUUAAAUGCCACUCAGAGCUGGUGUUUAUUGCGUUAUCUGCCCAUCAUGUUUGGAGAUCUUGUGCAUCCUAAUGAUCAACACUGGUAUUUGUUCAUUUUAUUGCUUCAGAUAGUCAGUAUUGUGUUUUCUUCAGUUAUAUCCACUGGUAUCACCAUUUAUUUGAAACAUCUGAUUACAGAACACCACAGUUUGUUUAAGCAGUUGUUUCCUGAUAAGAACUUAUUGCCAAAGCAUCAUUUUAUGGUGCAUUACCCCAGUUGUAUGCAGAAAAUUGGACCACUGAUACAUAGUUGGUGUAUGCGUUAUGAAGCGAAACAUAAUGUUUUUAAAAAGCAGCUGAAAAGCUUUAAAAACAUAACGAAAACAUUAGCAAAGAAACACCAGUGCCAAAUGGCUUACAUUUGGCAAACAUUUGAUCCUAAUGCCAUGAAAUUUGGUCCCGGGAAAAUGGUCCCAUUGAAUGAAAUGGAAGUUGGUGCUGAGAUGGCUGGAAAACUUAAUGUGCCUGUGUGGACUAAGGUCCUAAAUGUGAAGUGGGUCAAGCGCUGUGGAAACACUUAUCGGUCAGGGUUGGCAGUUUGUGUUCAAGUUCAAAAUGACAUGCCUGUGUUUUAUGUAAUCCAGAAUAUUGUUAUUAAAGAUGAGCACAUCCUUUUAAUAACAACUGCACUGAAAACAAUGUGUUUAGAUGAACAUAUCCAUGCUUACAAAGUUGCACAUACCACAGAAGCACCUUAUGUUUUGGAGAUUAAGGAUAUUUUGCACCACAAGUUGUUUGACAUUCUGAUGUCUUAUGGUUGUGAUUCUGAUUUGUUUAUUGUACCAUAUAGUUUCAUGUAAUUCUUUUUCAUCUCAUCCAUUGUUAUCAUUUUUUUUUUUUUUCACAAUUACAACAUGAUGACACAUUCACAAUGACAAGUGAAUUAUGUUUAAGUGUAAUGUUGUUUGAAGAGGAGGAGCUUGAAAAAAUAAAAUUGAGACAUGAGUA